AUGUUUCGUCGCGAGGCUCUGGAUUCUAUUGGUGGCAUUCAGUACGGAAGUUUGACGGAGGAUUGCUACACUGGUCAGGUAUUAUGCUCCAUGGGCUGGAAGGCCCAAUACUUUCGCAAGGAUUUUGAAGGCGAGCCGUCGGAACGAAUUCGUCUAGCUGAAGGAUUGAUUCCGGAUUCGGUUGCCGGCUCCUUGGCUCAGCGAAAGCGUUGGGCGAAGGGUAACUUCCAAAUCGUGCUGAUGAACAAGAAGACACAAUACUUUGACCCUGAAUGGAAGGCGCCCGAAGCUCACGUGCCAUCGUACCACAAAUCGAACAAGUUUAUGCGCCGCGUAUUCUACUACAAUUCGACUCUUUACCCGCUUGGUUCGGUGACGGCUAUCCUGUUCUACUACAUUACGCUUUACUUCCUGUUUUCCGGAUACGCUCCAAUCUAUAUGGCUGGAGCUCGUCUCGUGUAUGCAUUGGUGCCGAAGCUUUUUGUGCAGGGCGUGCUGUCCGCUUUGAGCAAUCGUACUGUAGACAAUAGUGAUGUGGUUCGAUCUCAAGAAGUAUGGUUUGCCUAUGCAUUCACUAAUUGCACUGCCGUGCUAGAGGCAUUCUGGUGGAAGAUCACGGGCAAGGAGCCGAAGUGGUUUAAUACGGGCGGUGCAAGCCGUGGCUCAAUGGCUGAGUUGCCAAACGUGAUCAUCUUCUUUGGCACCGUUGUUGGCGUAUUGUGGUCCGUGGUGCGUUUCCUGGCUGGCUACAAUAGCAUCCAGACAUCGCAUGGUGCGUCUCUGUUAUUCGCGAGUAUGAUGAUGGGUCUUUUUAUUGCUGUCAAACUCGCGCCGAGCGUACGCAUGAGUAUCCAGGAAUACUUUGGCUGGAGCUACGAGAGUUUAAUGGACCAAGGCAACGUUGUGAGCUCGAUUUCUAUCGCAUUUGGACUUAUCUUCAUUGCGCUUUGGGUCUGGAUCGAACAGCCAACGUCUAAUCCGUUUUAA